AUGGCUGGACGCUCUGCUGCAUGGAAAGCAUCUCAGGCCGAAAGGAGAAGGGAAGCCCGCCGUGAGCUUCGUCGACAACGAGGUUACGAUGCCAGUGCUCAUAUCCAGAAAGAUGCAGAAAGGACCAGAGGUAGAGCAUCGGCAAAGACAAAAGAGAUUUACAAGCAGAGAGUACGCAAAUAUAAGGAGUUCCUCAUCGACGAAAGAAACAUGCCUGAGGGAUACAAGAUUGGAGAAGGCCACCCAGUUCCCUCCUUGCAAGACCUUAAAGCCUUCAUCCGUUGGCUUGUCGCCUCCACAAAGGGCAAAAUUACUCCUGAUGAACGACCUACUAUGCAUACGAUUUUGAUCCGUGCGCAAGAGUUUGUCCCAGGCUUUUUCUUUGAAACCGGAAACGAGAUCUCUAAUCAGGACCGAAAGGACCUCUACUACAUAAGCACUACCUGCUACUUUAUGCGAUGCUUCUAUUAA